AUGCCUCCAUUCCUCCCGCGCAAACGAUUACGUUCUUCGUCCCCAGAGUCAGAUCCCAAGCCAGGUCCGUCAAAGCAACAGAAUAAAGGCAAAAAAGUCAAAUCUUCAAAAGCCACUCCACGAAAAGCUACAUUAUUUGAUGAUCUGGAUGCUGGAGCAAAAAGUCCCGAGGAUACCGAGGCGAUUUUACGCAAAAUCCAAGCUACAGAUGAGGAUGAUGAAAGUUCCUUAUCGUCCCUUUCCGAUGAGGAAUUCGAGGAUGUUCCAAAUACGAAUAGACAACCCAACGAUGGUGCGACGGAGAAUGAGGAUGAAGAUGAAGACGAAGAUAUCGAAUUCGAAGAUGUCGAUACAAAUAUAACAGAUAGACCAUCUGCGAAUAUACCUACAGGAGAUCUGGAACUUACAUUAACGAAAGAAACGAGGAUUUCACUUACAAAUCCACUGGGGACGAAGAAAGGACCAAGUAAAAUUGAGAGGGGUAUAAGAAUGGCUACACAUAAAGUCCAUGUUCAAAUGUUAAUGUGGCAUAAUGCGAUCAGAAAUUCUUGGCUUUGCGAUAAAGAACUACAAGAUAUUCUGGUGGGAAAUUUACCGGAAACAAUUUUGAGGGAGAUUGAAAAAUGGAGGAAGGAUAGCGGUUUACAAAGCAAGGUGGAAGAUACUCCAAAGUCGAAGGGGAAAGGAAAAGGAAAGGCCACAAAAGGAAAGAACGAUGUUAGAAGUCAACGAGAUUGGGGACAACCUGCCGAGAGACAAGAGGCUGGUGAAAUCAAUAUGAGUCGUGGGGAUCCUAUGUUUCGACUUUUAAAGUUAUUGAUGCAUUAUUGGAAGCAAAGAUUUAGAAUUGUCGCACCAGGUUUACGAAAAAUUGGUUAUAUGUCUCUCGAAAGGCUCGAUCAAGAAUUGAAGGGUUUCCAGAAAGAUGAACAUGAUGUUGAACGACAUGGCGAAAGGAUAAUCAAUAUACAUGAAUUUAAGAGAUGUGCAAAAACUAUGUCUGGAAGUAGAGAUGUGGGUGCCCAAUUGUUUACUUCAUUGUUGAGGGGAAUUGGUAUUGAAUCAAGAAUGGUUGCUAGUCUUCAACCGGUAGGAUUUGGUUGGAAUAAGAAUGAGGAUGCUGUAGAGAAGAAGGACAAGAAGAGAAAUGAACCUACUCCAGAGGACAAUACAUCGGAUACUGAGAGUAGUGAAGAAGAGAAGCAUGUCUCGAAGCCUAUCUCAAAGUCUACUACAACGCCUACCACCAAGCCUACAGCAAAGCCUCCCCCCGAAUCCUCGAAGAAAGUAAAUGGAAGAGGAAAAUCCACUCUGGUUCCAAAAAACUCCACCAAAUCUACCAAUGAUUCGACGAGAAGAAGUUCACGCGGAAAUGGGCUUAAGGAUGCUCCAAUCGAUUUAUCAGAUUCCGAAGAAGCUUCCCUGGUCAAUAAUGACGACGAUGAUGAAUCUGUAGUUGAUAUUACUCCAGCCAAAACUCGUAUACAACCAUCAAAACCUUUUGACAAAGAUAUGUCCUUUCCACAUUAUUGGACUGAGAUUCUAUCCCCAAUUACUAAAAGAUUUACAGCUAUCGAUCCACUCGUUCUUAAUAUCAUUGCGACUAAUCCUGAACUUCUUCAAAAGUUUGAACCUCGUGGUGCAAAAGCUGACAAGGCCAAACAAGUAGUGGCUUAUGUUAUUGCUCACUGUUCAGAUGGUUCGGCCAAGGAUGUAACGAUCCGAUAUUUAAAAGGUCAUAUGUUACCUGGUCGAACAAAAGGCAAUCGAAUUCCAAUUGAGAAAAUUCCGGUUUACAAUUCUAAAGGAAAAAUCAAACGUUAUGAUCAACAUGAUUGGUUUAAAAAUGUCAUGAACAAUUAUAUACGAGGGAGUAAUAGAUGCCCAAGGACUGAGAUUGAUGAUCAAGAGGAAGCUACUGAUCUCAAGGCCAUUCAACCUAAGAAAAAGGAAGUGAAAGAAGGAGAAGAAAAUCUUCAAUUUUACAAGACAUCGUCAGAAUUUGUGUUGGCAAGACAUCUUAGAAGAGAAGAAGCUAUUCUUGAUACAGCAAAACAUGUAAAAAUGUUCACUGUAAAAGGAAAAGGCGACAAUCCAACAGAAGAGAAAGUUUAUCUUCGAAAAGAUGUCGUCAGUUGUAAAAGUUUAGAAACAUGGCAUAAAGAAGGUCGAGCACCCUUACCCGGUGAAAUACCAAGAAAACGUGUACCAUAUCGAGCAGCGACUACAAAUCGAAAACGUGAACUUGCAGAAGCAGAGUUGGAAAGUGGAGAAAAAAUGUUACAAGGUCUUUAUAGUCGUGAUCAAACUGAUUGGAUUAUUCCUCCACCAAUUGAGAAUGGUGUAAUACCGAAAAACAAUUAUGGAAAUAUGGACGUUUAUGUUCCAAGUAUGGUACCGGUUGGUGCAGUGCAUAUUCCUAGAAGAGGUACAAAGAGGAUUUGUACACGAUUAGGUAUUGAUUAUGCGGAAGCUGUUACUGGAUUUGAAUUUGGUGCUAGAAUGGCUAUACCAAUCAUUACUGGUGUUGUGGUUGCUGAGGAGAAUUUCGAUCUUGUCAUGGAAGAAUGGGAAAGAGAUGAAGCGGAAAGAGUUAGAAAAGAAGAUGAGAAGAAAACUAAAGCAGCGAUUGGUAUGUGGAGGAAAAUGUUGAUGGGACUUCGAAUUAUUGAAAGAAUGACAGAUGAAUAUGGACAUGGUGGAGAAGAAGUUGAUGCUGUUAAUCCGUUUAAUAAUAGGAAUAAGAAAGGAGAGGAGGUUGAUGGAGAUCCGGAAUUGGAGGAAAAAGCGUUGGAAAUGCAACAGCAAGAUGAAGAAAUGGCAGGUGGUUUUUUCCCUGAAGGUUAUGAUGAGGAAGAACCGGAAGAACAUCAUUCGACUAGUUUCUUUCCAGUUGUUGCUUCACAGGAUGAUGGAGAUGGUGGUGGAUUUAUCGUGGAAGAUGAAGGAAAAGAGACUAAUGGUACUAAUGGGUCUCAAACAUUUCAAUUCAUUGGGAAUGAACAUGCCGCGACAAAUCCAACUUCGGAAGAUGAAUUAGAAUCAGAGGAAGAAAUCCAACAUAAAAAACCACAAGUUAUAAUUCCUGCACCAACACCUCGCAGUAGAGGAAGACCCGCAGCGUCGACGAACAAGACUCCCGCAAAAGGAAAACCCACUCUAAUCUCCAAGCCUAAACCGAAACCUCCUGCGAAACGAGCAGCUCCAAUACCAAAAACUUCUGGUAAACGAAAACGUAUACCGGACUCGGAGGAUGAUGAGGAUCUUGAGGAUAAUGCAUCUUCUUCACUAUCCGAUAUCGAAAUGGAUGAUGACGCGGAAGAAGAGGGGGAAGAAGUAAUAGAACCCUCUCCGAAGAGAUCAGUACCGAGGAAAUCGGCAACGAAAAAAAGAGCAACGAUAUCCGUAAAUUCUAGUCCGGCAACGAGAAAAACACCGAGUAGAAAUGCUAAGAGAGUGGGUGAGACGGGGACGAGGUCGAGAUAUUUUGAACAUGAGGAUAGUGGGGAGGAGUGA